AUGGAGAAGAUGUUCAAAGCCUAUAUGGAAAUAUCCGAAGAUCCAGAAACCGGCACGAACCAAACCGAGGAGAGGUUUUGGUGGCGCGUCUCUCUCCGUACGUACUCCAUCACUCCCAUUCCCACAACAACAAAAACAUAUCAACAACGAGCCCAUUUCUUCCUUUUCCCCGUCCCUCCGCCCCAGUCGAACCCUGGAAGGCGCGGAGCUGAGCCGCGUCUUCCAGACGUUCGACAGGGAAUCAACGCCUCCUUGGAGAAGAUGGGAAUCUUCAUCCCGAGAGACGAGUUGGCUGAGGUGAUCGCCCGGGUGGACGUCAAUGGAGACGCCAACGUCUCCAUUGACGAGUUCUCCACCCUGUACCAAACCAUAAUGGACGAGCGCAACGAGGACGAGGACAUGAAGGAGGCGUUUGACGUGUUUGAUCGGAACGGGGAUGGAUUCAUCAGCGUUGAGGAGGUGAGCUCGGUGCUGGCGUCGCUCGGGCAAGGGAGGGGCGCGGAGGAAUGCGAGAAGAUGAUCGAAAAGGUCGAUGCGGAUGGAGACGGAAGAGUGGACUUUAAUGAGUUCAGGAAGAUGAUGAAUGGAGGAAGGGAAUGA